AAUCAUAGAAGGGAAGAUAAAACCUCUGUUCAGCCGAGUGCCUCUUCCAUGAUCCCGACACCAAAAUGUCUUAUAAUUACGUUGUGACUGCCCACAAGCCGACCGGCGUUUGUGCAUGCGUUACAGGCAACUUCACCUCGCCCAAUGACAUCAACCUUAUUCUCGCGAAGAAUACGAGGCUCGAGAUAUACGUGGUGUCGCCCGAAGGCCUGCGACCUGUCAAGGAAAUCGGGAUCUAUGGCAGGAUCAGCAUCAUGAAGCUGUUCCGGCCGCCGGGCGAGAAAAAAGACCUAUUGUUCUUUCUGACGGCCAAGUACAAUGCCGCCAUUUUGGAGUGCAUUCAGGACGGCGGUGAUGGCGGCGUUGAGAUCAUCACGAAAGCCCAUGGAAACAUUGCUGACUCGUUUUCGAGACCCUCGGAGACUGGCAACAUUGGGAUCAUUGAUCCGGAGUGCCGGGUGAUUGGUCUGAGGCUCUAUGAUGGGCUGUUCAAGGUCAUCCCCUUGGACAGGGACAACAGGGAGCUGAAGGCCUUCAAUAUCAGGAUGGAGGAACUAACGGUGCAGGACAUGGAGUUCCUUCAUGGCUGCAAGACGCCGACCAUUGUGCUGCUGCACCAGGACAGCCAGGCGCGCCACAUGAAGACCUACGAGAUCUCCCUCAAGGACAAAGAGUUCGUCAAGGGGCCCUGGAAGCAGGACCACGUCGAGAGCGAGGCCACCAUCGUCAUCGCAGUGCCCGAGCCCUUCUGUGGUGCCCUGGUCAUUGGGCAAGAAUCGAUCACCUAUCACAACGGUGACCAGUAUGUGGUCAUCACCCCUCAUCUCAUCAGACAAAGCACCAUCGUGUGCUACGGAAAGGUGGACGCAAAUGGCUCUCGCUACCUCCUGGGAGACAUGGCCGGCCGUCUGUUCAUGCUCCUGCUGGAGCGAGAGGACAAGAUGGACGGCACGACCACUGUCAAAGACCUCAAGCUCGAGUUCCUGGGAGAGAUCACAAUUGCGGAGUGCAUGACGUACCUGGACAACGGGGUGGUGUACGUGGGCUCUCGGCUGGGCGACUCGCAGCUGAUCAAGCUCAACUCGGAGCGCAACGAGCAGGGUUCCUACGUGGAGGUCAUGGAGGUCUUCACCAACCUGGGCCCCAUCGUGGACAUGUGCGUGGUGGACCUCGAGAGGCAGGGCCAGGGCCAGCUGGUGACCUGCUCGGGCGCCUUCAAGGAGGGCUCUCUGCGCAUCAUCCGCAACGGCAUCGGGAUCCACGAGCAUGCCAGCAUCGACCUGCCAGGCAUCAAGGGCAUCUGGCCACUCAGGGUCAACACGGACAGCUCCAGAGACAACACCCUCGUCCUGUCCUUCGUCGGACAGACCAGGGUCCUUAUGCUGAGCGGUGAAGAGGUUGAAGAGACAGAACUGGCCGGCUUCGACAUCUCCCAGCAGACAUUCUUCUGCGGCAAUGUCCGCAACAACCAGCUCAUUCAGGUGACGGCCGCAGCGGUGAGGUUGGUGGACGGAAAGACGAAGCUCUUACUCAAUGAGUGGAAGCCUCCCGGCGGUAAGAACAUUAGCGUGGUGACGUGCAACCAGAACCAGGUGGUGUGUGCGGUGCGACAGGAGGUGUUCUGCCUCGAGAUCGCCGACGGAACGCUCAAGCAAACCAGCAAUGCGGAGAUGGAGAACGAGGUGGCCUGUCUAGACAUCACACCUCUCAACGACGGCUCUGGCAAGUCUGACCUCUGUGCCGUCGGACUCUGGACGGACAUCUCCAUCCGCGUGCUGAGGUUGCCUUCCCUCGAGCAGCUUCAAAAGGAGAACAUUGGCGGCGAAAUAAUCCCGAGGUCCAUCUUGAUGACAACAUUUGAGGGGGUGCACUACCUGUUGUGUGCCCUGGGAGACGGCUCCCUGUUCUAUUUCCUUCUGGACGCUUCCACCGGUGCCGUCAGCGACAGGAAGAAGGUGACACUGGGCACCCAGCCCACAGUGCUGAAGACCUUCAAGUCGCUGUCGACCAGCAACGUGUUUGCGUGUUCGGACCGCCCCACCGUCAUCUACUCGAGCAAUCACAAGCUGGUGUUCUCCAACGUCAACCUCAAGGAGGUCAACCACAUGUGCCCCCUCAACUCUGAGGGCUACCCCGACAGUCUGGCGUUGGCAAAUGACGGGACCCUGCUGAUUGGCACCAUUGACGAGAUCCAGAAGUUGCACAUCAGGACGGUGCCCCUGGGAGAGUUGCCCAGGAGGAUCGCGUACCAGGAAGCGACACAGACGUUUGGCGUCAUCACGAUCCGGAACGACAUUCAGGGCACAGGAGGUCUGACACCCGUCAGACCCAGUGCGAGCACCCAGGCUCAAAACGUUACCUACAGUUCAACAAUGAGCUCUGUGUUCAAGCCGGGAACAGGCAGCGGAAACGACCAGCUUGGCCAAGAGGUGGAGGUCCACAAUCUUCUCAUCGUCGAUCAACACACCUUCGAAGUGCUGCACGCACACCAGUUCAUGCAGACGGAGUACGCCAUGAGCAUCGUUUCCACGCGGCUCGGCAGCGACCCCAACGUGUACUUCAUCGUGGGCACAGCCAUCGUGCUUCCGGACGAGUCAGACCCGAAGCAGGGGCGCAUCAUCAUCUUUCACUGGGUGGACGGCAAGCUGCAGCAGGUCGCAGAGAAGGAGAUCAAGGGGGCCCCCUACUCGCUGCUGGAGUUCAACGGCAAGCUGCUGGCGAGCAUCAACAGCACGGUGCGGCUGUUCGAGUGGAAUGCAGAACGGGAGCUGCACAACGAGUGCAGCCAUUUCAACAACAUCCUGGCCCUCUAUCUCAAGACCAAAGGGGACUUCAUCCUGGUCGGGGACCUCAUGCGCUCCAUGUCCCUCCUUGCCUACAAGCCCCUCGAGGGAAGCUUCGAGGAGAUUGCGCGGGACUACCAGACCAACUGGAUGUGCGCCGUCGAGAUUCUGGACGAUGACACGUUCCUCGGGGCUGAGUCCACCACCAACCUGUUUGUGUGCCAGAAGGACAGUGCCGCGACGACGGACGAAGACCGUCAGCACCUGCAGGAGGUCGGCCAGUUCCACCUGGGCGAGUUUGUGAACAUCUUCAGGCAUGGAUCUCUAGUGAUGCAGCACCCCGGCGAAGCCUCGUCCCCCACCCAGGGAUCGGUGCUCUUUGGAACCAUUCACGGUGCCAUUGGGCUGGUCGCGCAGCUGCCCUCUGACUUCUACAACUUCUUGCUCGAAGUCCAGGGCAACCUAACCAAGGUCAUCAAAAGCGUUGGCAAGAUCGACCACACCUUCUGGCGUUCUUUCUCGACGGAGCGGAAGACGGAGCAAGCGCAAGGGUUCAUUGACGGCGACCUCAUCGAGAGUUUUCUUGACCUCAGUCGAGACAAAAUGCAAGAAGUUCUUCAGGGAAUACAGAUGGACGACGGUAGCGGCAUGAAGAGGGACGCCACCGUCGACGAUUUAAUCAAGAUCAUAGAAGAGCUGAGCAGAGUUCACUGAGUUUCAUUUUUCACCCGCGUUUGCAUCGCGCAUCUUCCCAUCUCGUCAUCCAUUAUUACGUACGUUUGCAUCCGCGCCUUUCCGGAACUCCGCCCGUUUUGCCGAGGAGUUCACAAACUGUGACCGAAUUUCUUUGCUUGCUUUUCUGUCUUCUCCUUCCGGUCUGAAGCCGCUUGGUUUGUCGGUUUCUUGCUUCUAAUGUCAUUACUUCGCGAGUCGGCCGAGUCUGAAGCUCACCCAGGUCAAUUAUGAAGCCACUUAGUCGCAAUUUUUUCUCAAUUCCUCGAAGUCAUUACACAAACUUCAUGUCGCGUGCAUCAGGCCGACAGCAACAUUAAAAGAAUGUUAAAAUUAUGUGGCACGGUUUCGUCGGAAAUAGAGUCUCGACAGAAACAAGAAGCUAACAUUUUGUGCGUCUGUAGAGAUUGCAGGAUAUGUUUGUAAACAAUAAUGUACAGUUUUCGUUUUGUUGUUGUUGAUUUCUGUCUAACUCGAAUUACCUGGCCUAACCUUUUCAUUUUCUUUCUAGAGCGAUACCAUGGACGUACUGAAAUAAAGAGUACUUUAUACAUAUAAAAAA